UCCUCCUCAGAUCCAAUCCGGACCAGUGUUGCUAAUUUGGAGAAAAACUGAAUCUGCAGACUUUUCAAAUCGUCUUGGUGAUUUUUUUUUCUUUUUCGUAAGAGACUAGUGACAAAUGUGUGUCCUUUUUCUGCUUCUACUGCAGACUUUGAUGGGAUUUGGAGACUGGGACGUGAAAGCACGGAUCGUCCUGCACAAGAGAAACCAAAGUGGAUUUAAAGUGAAACCUAAAAGUUGUGUCUGGACAAAGAUCACCUGAUUCCAGCAAACAUGGAUGGAAGACCCACCUGUGACCAGUGUGGAAAGACUUUCACCACAGCAAGUUCCCUAAAAAUGCACCAACGCAUCCACACUGGAGAAAAACCAUAUGAGUGUGACCAGUGUGGAAAUGCUUUCACCAGAGCAAGUGACCUAAAAAAACACCAACAAGUCCACAGUGGAGAUAAACCGUAUGAGUGUGACCAGUGUGGAAAGGCUUUCACCAGAGCAGAUAGCCUAAAAUUGCACCAACGCAUCCACACUGGAGAAAAACCAUAUGAGUGUGACCAGUGUGGAAAUGCUUUCAUCACAGCAAGUUCCCUCAAAAUCCACCAAAGCAUCCACACUGGAGAAAGACCAAAUGAGUGUGACCAGUGUGGAAAGGCUUUCACCACAGCAAGUUACCUAAAAAUCCACCAACGCAUCCACGCUGGAGAAAGACCAUAUGAGUGUGACCAAUGUGGAAAGACUUUUACCGCAGCAAGUGACUUAAAAAAACACCAACGCAUUCACACGGGAGGAAAACCAUAUGAAUGUGACCAGUGUGGAAAUGCUUUCAACACAGCAAGUGACCUAAAAAUCCACCAACGUAUCCACACUGGAGAAAGACCCUAUAAGUGUGACCAGUGUGGAAAUGCUUUCACCAGAGCAAGUUAUUUAAAAAUCCACCAACGCAUCCACACUGGAGAAAGACCAUAUGAGUGUGAUCAGUGUGGAAAUGCUUUCACCAGAGCAAGUGACCUAAAAAUCCACCAACACAUCCAUACUGGAGAAAGACCAUAUAAAUGUGACCAGUGUGGAAAUGCUUUCACCAGAGCAAGUGACCUAAAAAAACACCAACACAUCCACACUGGAGAUAAACCGUAUGAGUGUUACCAGUGUAGAAAGGCUUUCACCAGAGCAGACAACCUAAAAUUGCACCAACUCAUCCACACUGGAGAAAGACCAUAUUUCUGUGGCCAGUGUGGAAAGGCUUUUAUCACAGCAAGUUACCUAAAAAUCCACCAUCGCAUCCACACUGGAGAAAGACCAUAUGAGUGUGACCAGUGUGGAAAGACUUUCACCACAGCAAGUGACUUAAAAAAACACCAACGCAUUCAUACUGGAGAAAGACCAUAUGAAUGUGACCAGUGUGGAAAUGCUUUCACCACAGCAAGUGACCUUAAAAUCCACCAACGCAUCCACACUGGAGAAAGACCAUAUGAGUGUGACCAGUGUGGGAAGAGUUUCACUCAAAUUAAUGGGCUUAAAUGUCACCACCGCAUCCACACUGGAGAAAGACCAUAUUGGUGUGACCAGUGUGGAAGUGCUUUCACCACUGCAAGUCACCUAACAAUCCACCAACGCAUCCACACUGGAGAAAGACCAUAUUACUGUGACCAGUGUGGGAAGUUUUUCACCAAAGCUAAUCACCUAACAAUCCACCAAUGGACCCACACUGGAAAGAAACCCUACCAGUGCAGAUUUUGUGGCAGAUCUUUUCUCACAGGUUCAAAAUGUACUAAACAUGAACAUCUUCAUACCAGAGACAAGCCACCCACCUGUGACCAGUGUGGAAAGACUUUCACCAGAGCAAGUGACCGAAAAAGACACCAACGCAUCCACACUGGAGAAAAACCAUAUGAGUGUGACCAGUGUGGAAAGACUUUCACCACAGCAGGUAACCUAAAAAUCCACCAACUCAUCCACACUGGAGAAAAACCAUAUGAGUGUGACCAGUGUGGAAAUGCUUUCACCAGAGCAAAUGACCUAAAAACCCACCAACGCAUCCACACUGGAGAAAAACCAUAUGAGUGUGAUCAGUGUGGAAAGACUUUCACCACAGCAAGUAAUCUGAAAUUCCACCAACGCAUCCACACUGGAGAAAAACCAUAUGAGUGUGACCAGUGUGGCAAUGCUUUCACCAGAGCAAGUCACCUCAAAACCCACCAACGCACCCACACUGGAGAAAAACCGUAUGAAUGUGACCAGUGUGGAAAUACUUUCACCAGAGCAGAUAGCCUAAAAUUGCACCAAAGCAUCCACACUGGAGAAAGACCAUAUGAAUGUGACCAGUGUGGAAAUGCUUUCACCACAGCACAUCAUCUAAAAAUCCACCAACGUAUCCACACUGGAGAAAGACCAUAUGAGUGUGACCAGUGUGGAAAUGCUUUUACCAUAGCAAAGGACCUAAAAAUCCACCAACGCAUCCACACUGGAGAAAGACCAUAUGAGUGUGACCAGUGUGGAAAGGCUUUCACCACAGCAAGUUACCUAAAAAUCCACCAGCGCAUCCACACUGGAGAAAGACCAUAUGAGUGUGACCAGUGUGGAAGUACUUUCAUCACAGCAAGUCACGCAAAAACCCACCAACGCAUCCACACUGAAGUAAGACCAAAUUGCUGUGACCAGUGUGGAAAGACUUUCACCACAGCAAGUAACCUAAAGUUCCACCAACGCAUCCACACUGGAGAAAAACCAUACGAGUGUAACCAGUGUGGAAGUGCUUUCACCAGAGCAAGUGACCUAAAAAUCCACCAACGCAUCCACACUGGAGAAAGACCAUUUGAGUGUGGCCAAUGCGGAAAGAAUUUCAACCAAAUUAAUGGGCUUAAACGUCACCAACGCAUCCACACUGGAGAAAGACCAUAUGAGUGUGACCAUUGUGGAAAGGGUUUCAUCCAAAUGAAUAGGCUUAAAUAUCACCAGUGCAUUCACACUUGAAAAAGACCAUAUUACUGUGACCAGUGUGGGAAGUUUUUCACCUAAAAGUCCACCAACGGACCCACACUGGAGAGAGACCCUACAAGUGCAGAUUCUGUGACAGAUCUUUUAUCACAGUUUCAAAUUGUACUAAACAUGUAUGUGCUAAACAUUUCUACAAAGGACAAAAACUGAACAGUCAUACAAAAAGUAAGACAUUGGAUUCUAGUGGAAAGAGUCAGUGUCAUAACACACCUAAACAGUUUGAAUGUUUCCAAUGAGAUGAAAGAUUCUUGUCAUCCUCUGUCCUCCGCUAUCAUCAGU